AUGAUGCUGCGUAAUGGUAGAGUUGUGCUCAGGAGACUGCUAUCUACGGGGCCUCUGCGCUUUGAGAACAAUUUGAAGCAAAAUUCAAACGAUAAUAAAGAGCUAAUGCUAUCAAUUUUAAAGCUCACCACAACAAGAAGAGAAACAAACAAUUAUUUGAACAAAUAUUCAUCUUUCAGUAAACCACGUAAUGGUAAUGAUGCUGACUCUCCUUUAAGGAUUGUUAUUUUCAAAUUGAGAGGGAAUGUAUUACAUCAUGAUGAAGCUGAUUUGAAAAAAUUUAAAAAAACAUUGGAUUAUAUACAAAAAUUAGGAGCAAGUCCAUUAAUAUUGAUUGACCCUGAUUUUUUGGAUAAAAGAUUUGGAUUAAAUUUUAGAAGUGUUGAUAAUUAUCUUUUUAAUCAAUUUGAUCAUUUAAAUAAAUGUCUUGGUGAGAAAAACAUACUUCAAAUUUCUCCACUUAGAUGCUUAUUAACUAGAUCACAAGAUGAAUUUUCAUUGGAUAUACCAAAUGCGAUUGUUAACCCAUUGAAGGAAGGAAAAUUACCAGUGGUAUUUCCAUAUGUCUUUGAUAAACAAAAUGGUAAAGAAGUUAUUUUGAAAUCAACUGAUUAUCUUAAACAAUUCAUUACAAAUUUGAUCAAGAUUAAUAAACCUGAAACUCCAGUGUUGACAGUGGAAAAAUUGGUAUUUAUUGAUAAAUUGGGUGGGAUUCCAAGUAUGCAAAGAUCAAAUAAUUCACAUGUUUAUAUCAACUUAAAUCAAGAAUAUGAUCGUAUCCUUUCAGAAUUAAACAUUGGUCAUUUAACAAUUCAUGAUAAAAAUAUUCAUGUUAACAAUUUGGAGAAUAUUAAAGAUAUUUUGGAUACCAUACCUGAUGAUGUUACAGGUAUAAUUACAACAUUAGAAAUUGCAAAUGAAAAUCUCAAUUUAAAUCCAAUCAUAUAUAACAUCUUGACAGAUCGUUCAUUAAUUAGUUCAUCAUUACCAACAACAAAAUUGAAUGAUAAACAAGAUGUUCAUAAAAAAGUUUCCAAAACUACUAUAAUACGGAAGGGAUUGAAAAUAAAUACAUUCAAGACAUUCAAAGAUGUUGAUUUAUUAAAAUUUAAACAUUUGAUUGAUACUUCGUUUAAAAGAUCAAUAAAUUUGGAUCAUUAUAUUUCAAGAGUGGAACCAAUCUUAUCCCAAAUCAUAAUAGUUGGUGAUUAUGAUGGUAUUGCAAUCAUAACAAAUGAAAAAUCUACCAAGACAGGUGAAUCAGUUCCCUAUUUAGAUAAAUUUGCCGUUUCAAGAGAAACUCAAGGUUCUUUAAACAUUGCAGAUAUAAUUGUAAACAUUUUAAAAAGAGAUUAUCGUGAAGUUUUAUUAUGGAGAUCUAAAAAGACAAACCCUGUUAAUGGAUGGUAUUUUCAAAGAUCUAAUGGUAGUUUAAGUCUUGAAGAUAGUGAAUUUAGAAUCUUUUGGAUUGGUAAACAAGUUAAUAAUACUAAAUUGGAAACUUUUGUGGAAAUUGGGAAAUCUAUUAAACCAUCAUGGGAUAAAUAA